CGUGCACCCGGCAAACACCCUCCGUCGAAAUUCCCAUAGCCAGCCCCCAAAACAACUGCUCUCGCUCUCUCUCUCUUCUUUCUCUCUCUCUAUCUGUAUCCCUCUCAGUCGUAUCCUUUUCUACUCUCUCUCUCUCUCUCUCUCUCUCUCUGCAAAUCAGCACAUUCGAGCAAAAGACGCUCGAACAGGUGUCCUCUCCUGCAAACCUCUUAGGGUUCGAAAACCCCCAAACCCCCCAACUCCGACUUCAUAUCAAUCCCCAAAACGCACCUUUUACCCUCUAGGGUUCGUUGUUUUGGAUCAUUUCUUCUUGGGGAUUUGUGUAUUCAGAUAAGGCUUAUUGGUUCCUGGGCUCUGAUUGAUCGAUUCGCCGAUGGCUUCGUCUCCGUCAUCAACUGCUGCGAAUCGGGACGGCUCUGCUUCAGCUGCCGAGGUCGAAGCCGUCAUGUCCGUGACCCGAGGUUUUGCGCAGGAUGCGUUGCUGCAAUUCCAGUCGGGCAAGUUCGAUCAGUGCCUUACCGCCUUGUCCGAGUGCCUCAAGAGGAAGCCCAACGAUCCCAAAAUAUCUCAUAAUAUUGGACUUGUGGAGUUCUAUCGAGAUGGUUGUUCAGAUCCUAAGAGGUUGCUUGAUGUGCUUAAUGAUGUCAAGAAGCGAAGCGAAGAGCUUGCUCGAACAUCUGCAGAACAGGUGGAGUCUGGCAGCAAUACUGGAGAUAAAGUUGCAUUGGGGUCCAAAGGAAGUGGUGCAAUGGGACAUUCCUUUUCUGCUGUUUACAUGGAUGAAUUUGACACUUAUGUUGCUACCUUAAACAUUGCGGUUAUCUGGUUCCAUCUUCAUGAAUAUGCAAAGGCAUUGUCUGUUGUUGAACCUCUUUUUCAAAAUAGAGGACCUAUAGAUGAGAAAACUGCUCUUAAUAUUUGCCUUUUGUUGCUGGAUGUUGGGCUGGCUUGCCAUGAUGCAAUGAAAUCUGCUGAUGUUUUGAUUUAUCUGGAUAAAGCUUUUGGUGUGAGUUGUAUGAAUCAAGGAGAUGGUGGAAGCACUGCUUUGCAACAACCUGCAAACCCAGUUGCAAGGCCGCCAUCCCUUUCUACCAAUUCAUCUGCCACAGAUGGUCCUACUUUAGAUUCAGAUCCAAAUGCUUUGGAGCCUGAGGAGACUAGCGAGUAUGAUAAUGCAGAUUUUGACAUGGAUGAUGCACAACCUACUGUUCUAUUAUCUUCAAACGAUAUUUCUAGGAAUCCGGUUGACAUAUCUGCCUCUUCUGUUUACCUGAAGCUUAAGAUGCAACUUUACAAGGUUCAGUUUCUGCUUCUCACUAGGAACUUAAAGCAAGCUAAACGUGAAGUGAAGAAUGCUAUGAAUAUUGCACGUGGGAGAGAUUCUUCUAUGGCUCUCCUUUUGAAGUCCCAGCUUGAAUAUGCUCGUGGUAAUUAUCGUAAAGCCAUCAAGUUGUUGAUGGCAUCUAGUAAUCGAACAGACACAAGGUUAUCGAGCAUGAUCAACAAUAAUCUAGGCUGCAUUUAUUACCAGCUUGGGAAAUAUCACACAUCAUCAGUGUUCUUCUCCAAUGCAUUGCUUAAUUGCUCAUCCCUCCGGAAGGACCGGCCUCUAAAUCUCUCAACUUUUUCACAGGACAAUUCCCUCUUAAUCGUAUACAACUGUGGUAUGCAGUACUUGGCUUGUGGGAAACCACUACUUGCUGCUCGCUGUUUUCAGAAGGCUGGUUUAGUUUUCUACAAUCGGCCUCUGCUGUGGCUUCGAUUUGCUGAGUGCUGUCUGAUGGCUUUGGAGAAGGGACUAAUGAAAACCAAUCUGGCAUCAUCAGAAGUUAGAGUUUAUGUCAUUGGCAACGGAAAGUGGAGGCAACUUGUAAUGGAAGAUGGGGUUUUGAAGAAUGGAAACUUGGGUUCUUUUGAAAGAGGCGAUUUAUUUUUGGGCAGUGAUCGGCAGCCUAAGCUCUCCGUGUCCCUUGCCCGGCAGUGUCUCUUGAAUGCCCUGUCCUUACUGAACCGUUCUGAGUCAAGCUACUGUAAGAAUUCUUUGCCCUCCAAUUUCUUCUUAGAAGAUAAUGAAUUAGGGGAAGUGUCAGCUUCCAAGAAUUCGAACCACAAGAACUUUCACAGCAUGAAUUCCGAGGCAUCUGUGCUAUCUGUAGGCUUGGGUCAGGUUGGCAUAAAUGGGGAUGGAAAAGAGCAAAAGGCAGGAACCACUCAGGAGCUUGUGCAGAACUCGCUUUCAUAUUACGCUGAUGUUCGUAACAAGGAAAAUCUGUUGAUCAAACAAGCUCUUUUGGCAAAUCUGGCAUAUGUAGAAUUGGAAUUGGAAAAUCCCAUGAAGGCCUUGUCAAUUGCAAGAUCUCUCUUGGAACUUCCAGAAUGUUCGAGAAUUUACAUCUUUCUAGGUCAUGUGUAUGCUGCAGAGGCUCUUUGCUUGCUAAACAGGCUAAAGGAUGCUGCUGACCAUUUGAUGACAUAUUUGUCAGGUGGUAACGACGUUGAAUUACCAUUCAGUGAAGAGGACUGUGAACAACUGCAAGGGGUCAGGGCCGAUGAUUAUGAAGAGUCGAACGGAGGAUCAAUGGCUGCCAGAAACUCAUCACCUGAAGACAGAUUAGGUAUUGCGUUCCUCAAGCCAGAAGAAGCACAGGCAAACCUGUACGUAAAUUUUGCUGCCUUGUACGCUAUGCAAGGUGAACUUGACCAGGCUCGCCAGUUUGUUGCACAGGCAUUGUCCAUAACACCCAACAGUCCAGAAGCGACUUUGACUGCAGUGUAUGUGGAUCUCAAGGUCGGUCAGUCACAGGAAGCUCUUGCCAAGCUGAAACACUGUAGUCGAAUCACAUUUGUACCAAGCGGAUUGACAUUGAACAAAGCUUCUUGAUCAUAGUAUCGGUGGAUUAUUGUAACAUCCGGGCCCACCUCUCAAUGGUAAGCUAGUAGGGGUAGGAUUUGUACCAUAUAUUUUUCUGUUUGGUACCAUAUAAUAUAGUUCGAUUCAGAAAUAAAUUUUUCUGUUUUCUUUUCUUUUGAAAUUUUCAUAUUUUGGGCAGGGCUUAUUAAUUGGUGGUGGGGGCUGUGUUUUGGUUAGUGCGGAAGCCCACCUUUUGGUCACACUUUGAGAUGUAGUUGUUCUGAUUAGAUUUGUGUUUUAGCGGCUAAUCGAGUUGGUUAAACAUAGUUAGCUAGCUUAGAUCUCAUGUGUUGUUCUAGAGAAAGGAACUGAAAAUGUUUAUUCAUUCCGUAUCAACAUUGAAGUCAUUUUUCCCUUGCAAAUUGUCAUUCUUGUAGUAUUGAUUCCACCAUUAGACUCUAGUCUGUUUCUGUCGAUUUGAAUGUCCAAAUGUGGACGAUUAUGCAGCCUAAUUAAGCUCAUUAGCAUGUA